AGUUUUGAACUAGUAAUAAUAGCAGCUGCUACUGCUUUUGGGACUAAAUAAAAACAGUAAAAGUUUCAAUCCCGAUGGAGCAGAAACUGGCUGAGUUCAGAGCCCGACGACGAGCCGAGAAAGUCUCUACACCGCCCGAAGAGACUCCUGCAGAAACAAACGCUCAGUGUGACACCAUGUCUUCGUGUGAAGGACAGCUGGAGACAGAACCCGAGCCAGCUGUUGCCUGCCCUGCCAGCGGGGACGGCAAAGAUUGGCUGCUAGAUAGCCCUCUGGGAAGAUGGCUGGCUUCGAGAAAGUUUAUUCUCUCAAACCUUACUUUGCUGAAAGUGCUGCUGUGGCUGGUGCUGUUGGGUCUGUUUGUUGAACUUGAGUUUGGCCUGGCCUUCUUUGUCAUCUCCCUCUUCUACUGGCUCUACGAAGGACUCCGCAGCCCAGAACCCCGGAAACCUGGAGAACUGAGUGCUUAUUCUGUCUUCAACCCGGACUGUCAGCCUCUGCUGGGCUCCCUCACCGCUGAGCAGUUGGAGGGAGAGAUGGGUUACAGACCUCUGGCUAACAGAUGAAGUCUUCACUGUAGUGAAUGAGACAUCGUUGUUGUGAGGGAAAUAUUAAUUUGAAAAGAAAAUUACUUGAAGUCAAUUUUGUUCUUCAUGUAUGAUACAUUAAAUUUGGAUAUAGAAUA